GCUGAACGCUUCUCCCGCGAACAUAUGCACCAUUAAGUCUCGUGCAUUUUCGGAGCUAGAGCCUCGCCUCGCGUCUGCUUUGUACCGGCCACUUCCGUCAACACGACACCGCUUUACCAGAUACGCCAUGGAGGAACCAGAGUGGAAGAAGCUGGAGCUCUCACUCGAGCAGCCUUACAAGGACGACGAGGGGAAGCUUAUCCCGAUUCUCUUGGACAUCACCUCUGAAGGCCAGCAGGUCUUCGAACCUCCGGAAGAUCCAAUCUCGAAGAUUGGCGAAAACCUAAGGCGCAUAUUCCUGGAGCGCGGCGUGGACUUUUUUGAAAGAUAUCAUAAUGGCAUUGAAGCCGCCAAGGACGAGGCCAGCGAGGAGAAGCCGAAGGACGAGGCGGGCGACGUGCAGAUACAGCCCAUGACACCGGAGGAGCUCUUCAGGAUGCGCAUGGACAUCAUGCCUCAGCUACAUACAGCCCUUGGUGAGAUGAGCCAGGCCAGAGACCUCUUGUCUCUUCUACUUGCCACAGCUCCUCCGCCGCAAAUCCCAGGCAUACCACAGCCCACUGCACCACCUCAAAAACCAUCGACGCUGAACGCUAGCAUUGUCUCAAAGCCACCGUCCAUCCAGUCUGUACAGGCGUUCAACACCCAGCUGGUCAUUGGGGGCAAGGACCUCGCACUACGGAAAGCUGCAGAUUUACUCAAGAUCGCCGCGGGGAGUGUGGAAAAGAGCCGCAGCCUCAGCGAGCGGUAUUGGCUCGACGCGUUGAAGAUCCGGAGGGGAAAUUGGGGGCUCAUACCGGCACCGCUCCCGUUUGGGACCGCGACAGGAAGGGGUACAGACAAGACGUCCAAGGACUUCCUUGUCUCGUUCAGCUUGGAAGAAUCCUCUGUUGUGUUCCGAAGAAGGGCUAUAGGUCGGCUACCAACAUUCGACAGCAAGCCCGGCACAUUGGAGUACCCAUUGAGACAGUACACGCGUUUGCAAGUGUCUAUCAUUCUUACAAUAGACGGCUCACGUCGAAUAACAAAGAACACCCCUCGACUGUUCGACGAGGCGCAGCUGGAAGAAUCGCUACGCGCUGCGCAAGCCGAAGUCGUCCAACAAGAAAUAUUUGCCGCUUUGAUACGAGAAGCCAGCAAUCUCCCAACGGCAUCUGCACGGGUCUCAGAACGGCUUAUCGCGAUAGAGGCCGCACAAGCAACAGAAUUAAGAUUUGAAUUAGUCGAUAGCGAAAACGUCGCGAACGAGCGGGAGGGCACGAGCGCUCAAGACGCCGUCUGUGACCUGAUUUUUGCUACGCUACACGUCCUGCUUCUUCGCGCCCACAACUUCAUCAAACAGCACCGCAUCGGACGCACGAAUGCGCUGCGCAACGCCCCACCACAGCAGCAGCAGCAGCCCGUGAACCCCCCACCACUUUUGCUGCCGAUCGUCGAGCUGCUGCAGUACCGCGUCUUCUGCGACCGCGUGCAUGUCGAGGUCGGCAAAAUGGCCGACGGUCUCGCGGCGGCGGGUGUGCCCGUGAGGCUGCGUGCGAACAGGGUCGGCGAGAAUGGCGAGCAGCUCGUCGCGAUGCUCACAAAGACGGACGGGCCGCAGACACUCGGCGGCGAGACGCACUUGCGCAUCGAUCACCGGCACACGCUGCGCUUCACCUACGUAUCGCCGUCCUCGCUUACGGCGCACCUUCCGCAGGCGACGCUCACUGUCGCGUCCAUCACGCAUCUGACGCAGCUACUCUUCGACGAGGUGAGCCGGUGUCUGCUGGGCCGCAUAUGCGACGUUGGAUCAGAGAUGUGCGAGGUCGUGCAUGGGACGUGGUUCGUCGACCUGCUCGCAGGCAGGACGGUUGGGCGCUGGGAAGGACGUGUCUUGACCUUUCAGGUUACAUUUGCGGAGAACUCUGGUGUAGUCUGUACGGCGACCAAAUUAGAGAGCUCGGAACGGCGGCCGGCGGCCUUGGUCGAUCGGUACACUGUCGCCGGAAAGGCUGGUGAGAGCCUGCUAGACUGGGUGCGACGGACUGUCGACGCGGCUUUGUCUGGGCCGUAGCAUACGCCUUAUAAAACCCUAGCUUCCCAUAUGGGACAUUUUGUGCUGCAAUACAGACAAACGCUGCAUUUUCAACUG